AAAUUAAAGAUCAGAAGUUAUCAAUAUGUUUCGCUUGUUGGUUGCAUUAAGUGUUUUGGCCCUAGUAUGGGGAAUGGAAGAUCGUAUCGUCAAUGGUAGGACAAGUUCGAUUUCCGAAUAUCCAUACCAGGUCUCUCUGCAACAACAUGGCUCGCAUUUCUGUGGAGGAAGUGUUUUGAGUCCAAAUUGGAUUCUCACAGCUGCUCAUUGUGUGACCGAUAUUAUUCAAAAGAAUCUAGUUCCCUUUCUUACUGUUCGGUUGGGAUCUUCAAAAUGGAAUCAAGGAGGUGUUCUUAAAAAUGCCGAGUUCGUUUCGAUGCAUCCAGAAUAUAAUUCUAAAUCAAUGAAUUUCGAUGUGGGUCUGAUUAAAUUGUCGUCAAGUGUAGUUUUUUCUGCUGCAAUCAAACCCGUCACUCUUCCUAAAACUCUUCCUCCAAUGAAUUCUCGUGUCGUAGUUUCUGGAUGGGGAAAAUUGUCUGAAAAUAAUGAUGAACUUCCAACAAAUUUGCAAUCGGUUGAGUUGAGUUUCCUUCCAAAUGAUAAAUGCAAAUCUUACGAAUACGGAUAUCGCAACAUGAUUUUGGACACAAUGAUCUGUGCAGAUGGACCAUCAAAGGACUCAUGCCAAGGAGAUUCCGGUGGCCCUCUUGCAAUGGCUGACAAGAAUGUACAGCUUGGAGUAGUAUCCUGGGGAGCUGGAUGUGCGCAAAAGGGAUUCCCAGGAAUUUACUGCGAUCUUACACACCCUGAUGUAAGAUCCUAUUUGAGGAGAACAACUGGAUUGGCAUUUUAAAUGGAAAGCAUGUCAAUUGAUAAGAAUAAUUAAUAAAGUUAUUCUGAUAAAAAGCAAUGAAUAGAA